AGCACAGAAAAGACGAGAUCUGAAAGAAAAGAGAGAGAAAGAGAAAGAGAAUAGCUCUCGGUGGCUCCUAGCAACAGCACUAAUCAUAGCUAGCUGCCCUUGGCCUCCCUUGCUCCCACACACACCCACCCCUUUAUAAAAACACACAAGACAGAAACCCCGGCAAGUAAGAUGUCGCGCAAUAUGUCGGCGGCUGCGGACCGCAGCAGCGAGGCCGACAGCGCGCAGAAGGAAAGCAGCGCCGGUGUGACCGACUACGGCGUGGGCUACGUGAGCAGCGGCGGCGGCGACGGCGUGUACGCGCGCGACCUCGAGGCCGGCGGGUCGCUCUUCGCGAAGCUCCAGCGGCUCGCCGGCCGCUUCGGCGUCGAGCAGCGCGGCAUCGAGCGCGUCCCGGCCGCGGAGCAGACUGACAAGAGCAUCAUCCAGGUCGGCACUUUGUGGUUCUCGGCCAACAUGGUGGUGUCGUCGUUCGCGAUCGGCGCGCUGGCGCUGCCCGUCUUCGGCCUCGGCUUCGUCGACAGCGCCCUGACCAUCAUCUUCAUCAACUUCCUCGGCGUCCUUCCCGUCUGCUUCUUCUCCACCUUCGGCCCCCACUUCGGCCUCCGCCAGAUGGUCCUGUCCCGCUUCUGGUUCGGCUACUGGGGCGUCAAGCUGAUCGCCGUCUUCAACGUCCUCGCGUGCACCGGGUGGUCCGCGGUCAACGUCAUCGUCGGCGCGCAGUUCUUCCACGCCGUGAACGGCAACAUGCCGGGGUGGGCCGGGGUCGUGACCAUCGCCGCGGCGACGCUCGUGAUCUGCACCUUUGGGUACCGCGUCGUGCACGCGUACGAGCGCUGGUCGUGGGUCCCCAUGUUCGUCAUGUUCCUCGUCGUGCUCGGCACCUUCGCGGCGCGCGGCGGCCCCGGCGGCGUCGGCAGCGGCUUCGACAGCCUCCUACCGCUCGCCUCGGGCCCCCGCGAGACCGGCGCGGUCCUCUCCUUCGCCGCCUCCGUCUUCGGCUUCGCCACCGGCUGGACCUCGUACGCCGCCGACUACACCGUCUACCAGCCCGCGUCGCGCCCCCGCCGCCUCGUCUUCCUGUGCGUCUUCGUCGGCCUCUUCGCCGCGCUCUGCUUCACCGAGCUGCUCGGCGCCGCCGUCGCGACCGCCAUGGCCCGCGACCCCGCCUACGCCGCCGCCUACCGCGACGCCCACGUCGGCGGCCUCCUCGCCGAGGUGCUCGUCCCCCGCCUCGGCCGCUUCGGCGAGUUCUGCAUCGUCCUCCUCGGCCUCUCCAUCGUCGGCAACAACUGCCCCAACGCCUACUCGGUCUCGCUCACGCUCCAGGUCCUCUCGGCCCGCACCCAGCGCGUGCCGCGCUUCCUCUGGACCUUCGCCGGCACCUGCGCCUACGUCGCCGUCGCCAUCCCCGGCUACGCCCACUUCGAGAGCACCCUCGAGAGCUUCAUGCUCGUCAUCGCCUACUGGCUCGCCGUCUACGAGGGCAUCGCCCUCUCCGAGCACUUCUUCUUCCGCCGCGGCUUCGCCGGCUACCGCCCCGAGGACUACGCGACGCCCAGCCGCCUGCCCCCCGGCCUCGCCGCCGUCGUCGCCUUCUGCGCCGGCGCCGCCGGCGCCGCCCUCGGCAUGUCCCAGCACUGGUACACCGGCCCCAUCGGCACCCUGUGCGGCGGCGACGUCGGCUUCGAGCUCGCCUUCGUCUUCGCCGGCAUCACCUACACCGCCCUCCGGCCCUUCGAGAAAGCCCACUUCAAGCGGUGAGGUGGCGAGGAAGAGAGAGAGAGGAGAGGAGAGGAGAGGGGAGGGGACUGCGUGUGAGAUCUAGCACGUAGGUAAGCAAUCAGCAUCUUAGGAGUUCGGGCGGGACGCCUCCUAGAGUUGCGUAGAUGAAGAGCGGAAUCAGAAGAGAGAGAGAGAGAGAGAGAGAGAGAGAGA